AAAAUCAUGUCAGAAAUUUCUGAAAACUCAAGUUCUAUUAAUAAUGAUAAUAUAGGUAGGGAUGUGACAACUACUACCCAGGAUGAAGCGUCCAGUAAUACUAACUUUACGCUUUUAUAUGAAAAACUUUGCGAUGCUAUAAUUCUUGCUGAUCGUAAAACCCAAGAAGCUAUCGCAUGCUAUUGCCUAUUUGGAAAGGCACUUAGUCGAAGACGUAAUGAAAUAGCAUCGGAAAGGCAAGUUGAUCCAGAAUCCAAUACUGUUGGUAGAAUUUUAAAUGAAGAAGUAAAAGCACAGCUACCCGCAGACACUUCUGAUAGCCUUUUACGUAAGAGAAUCGAAAAAGCAAAGAAGCUUUAUAAACUUUUUGAUUCAAUAUAUAAUGUAUCCUUUGAUUAUAGCAUUGAUGUGAACUUGCCUCUGGCUGAGUUACGGGAUGAUGAGAAAAGUUCCAUAUUAACACAUGUAACCCAACUUUGUGAACCGAGAUUGGUAAAAUUCUUGUGA